AUGAUUAGAGAUUAUAAAUAUACCAGAUAUUGGUUCACUUACUGGAUCAGACAUGGUGUGCCCGGUGCCAGUCGGGUAAUUAGGAUUGAGGCAUAUUUUGAGUCAAUUCUAGAUUUUUUCCAACGGUAUCACCGACGAUAUGGCCGCAUAUAUGGCGGCUAUUUUUUUCUUCAGAAAUAUUUGGUGGUCAACGAACCGGAAUUGGUUCGCGAUAUUAUGGCCAAAGAUUUUCACAUAUUUCCCGAUCACUAUCACAUGGCUUUAGGAAACACCAGAUUAAAUAUGACACUGUUCUUCAUGCACGGCGGCGAUGACUGGAAACGGGUGCGCUCUGUCAUCACUCCCGCAUUCACGUCGGGAAAGUUGAAGACAAUGAUGGGAAACAUAUCGGAUAUUUGCGACACAUUUGUGACAACUAUAUCCAAAUAUUCAAACACCGGUCAAACUGUAGAUAUGCGUAAAUAUUUCGGCGGUUUUGCAAUGGAUGUAAUCGGUGCGUGUGCUUAUGGUGUUACAGUGGACGCCAUCAACAAUCCGGAUCAUCCGAUUGUAGUGAACGCCAAAAAGAUAUUCUCGGAGAACUCCAGUUGGAGUAACGCUGUGUCCGUAUUAUGUCCACCAUUGGCCCGAUUUCUUAAUCUGGAACCCUUCCAACCGGAAGGCAUACUAUAUUUUGAAAGGUUGGCUGAAAAAAUUAUUGCCGAAAGAAAAGCGGAAAAUAAAAAUGGGAAAUCGAUUAAACGAAUGGAUUUCAUACAACUAAUGAUCGACAGCGAGACCACUGAUAAUCCAAACUCUGAUUAUAGUUAUAAUAAAAAUGAUAACAACAUUAACUCAAUUCAUACAACUAAUGACAAUACAACUAAACUAACGACGAGUUGGUGGUUAACAAAGGAUGAAAUGAUAGCACAGGGCAUCACCUUUUUUAUUGCCGCUUACGAUACUACCAGUGCCUCAUUGACACAUUGUAUAUACUAUUUAGCAAAAUAUAACGAUUGUCAGGAAAAACUAUAUGAAGAACUUAGAGGUCUUAAAUCGGAUGAAUACACGUUUGAACGGCUCAGUGAACUCCGGUAUUUGAACGCCUGUAUCGAUGAGACACUUAGAAUAGCACCUCCUUUGGCUAACUUUCAACGAGAAUGUAAUCAAGACUACAAACUGGGAAAUACAGGAAUUACAAUACCUGCGGGAACUACAGUUGAAAUACAACCGCUUACUAUUCAUAGAGAUCCGGAUUUUUUCUACGAUCCAGAUGAGUACAUACCGGAGCGAUUUCUGAACCCAACCCAUCCUAGUAAUGCUUAUAUGCCAUUUGGUGGCGGACCCCGAGCUUGUCUGGGAAAUAGGUUUGCCUUAAACGAGAUGCGGAUGUGUAUCGCAAAGUUGAUCAGCAAAUAUGAAUUCACACUCACACCAGAAUUUAAGAUUGACUACUAUUUGGGAAACAUAUUGUUUACACCUAAAGAAGUUUUAGUGAAAAUCAAUAGUCGUAUAUAAAAUUAAUGUUUUUUAAAUUAAAAUGCUAUUAAAUAUAGACUGAAAUAAAAUAUAA